AUGGUCGACCUCCUCCGCCCCUUCCGCCGCGACAAGCGGCCCCCGAAGCCCACAGCAGUAAACGAGCACGCGCCCUCCGGCAUCGCAUCGACGCUCCCCUCGCGCACUCACCUCCGCAUGCGCACAAGGUCAGAACCUCACCUCCGCCGCGCCGAACCCACCCUCCCGCGCUGCACAUGUGGACAUCCCGACCUUCCACCCGCGCAUCCCUUCGACGCACCGCACCCGCCGCUGCCCUCGCCCCCGUCAUACGCGUCGCCGCUGUCGCCGCACAUGUCGCCUCACAUGUCGUCGUUCAUCCCGUCGCCCAGCCUAUUGCCGUCUCCCUCUCCACGCAUGCCCCCGCCCUCGCCGCGCAUGCCCUCUCCUUUCCCUCAUCUAUCAGCACCCUCACCACGCAUGCCCCCCUCACCCAUGCCGCCGUUGCGCAUGUCCUGCCCGCCUGGCAUCUCCCCCGCGCCCAGCCCCGGGCGGCCCAGACCCCAUUCCCUCCCCCCGACAUCCUACGACGUGUUCGCGCUCUCCCCUCCUCUCUCGCCCACCCUCUCCCUCUCUCCCUCUCCCUCCUUGAGCCUGUCGCCAUCCACCCGCCGCCGCUCCUUCGACCCCCGCCUCGCAGCAUGGGACGCAGCAAAUGCCCGCCGCACACUGCCCCCACGGCGCGCGAGCAUGGCCCUCCCACUCGCUGUCCCCGCCCUGCGGCUUUCAAGCCCGCCCAUCCCCCGCCUCCCGCCCGGCGCGCAACCCCCCGCUCCUCCGGGAACAUCACGGGCGCGCAUCGCGCUCAUGUCCGGCGCGCCGCCGAACCCGCAGAUCGAGAAGAGAGGGAGCGCGCCGCCCAUGCCCCUCGACGAACCCCCCGCCGUGCCCCCCGUCCGCCCCGCCCGCCCACACUCCCCCUCGAGCACGCCGUCACCCGCUCCACCCCCGCCGUUGCCGAGGGAUGGCAGCAUCUCGACCAUGUCCCUCCCCCGCCCUGCCAUUUCCGCCGUGUCGCCCUCGCCCUCGCCCUCGCCGCCCAGCCCGAGCCAGCCAAGCGUAGCAGAGCCUAGACAAGUCACGGCGCCCCAUGCGCUGCCACAUUCCAAGCUCUCCGUCGCGGCCCUCGCAGAAGCCAUCAAGCCUAAGCCCCCGGCCCCAGACUUGCCAGACAAGGCGGGCAGAGCAGACCCAGACGCGCCCACGCCCAAGCGCGCGGCUGUCUGGCCAAGCGCGACCGAGGCGCCCCGCCCCAUCCUCCACUCUACGUCGAGGCUUGCGCCUGCCUCCCGCUCCACGCCCCCCUCAACUCUCACUCCAACACUCACUACAGCCCAGCCCUUCUCCCCCCGCCAAACGAACGCCGCACCCGCCUCCCACUUCCUGCCCCCUCCCGCACUCCCUCCCGGCGCCCGCGCAGUGCGGACCCCGCCGAGUGUACGCCCUCUCCUCGCAUAG